UUUUCAUCGAUGAUGUCACAAAAUGGCGACUACCAUGAGUAUGUGCGACAGUUGUUUUCUACGCAGUUCGUAGAGAUGUCGUUCUGAUGGAAAUUUCCACUUCUUCACUUCAUCAGUUUUAUGUAUUUGGGUUUAUGCAUAAGGCAAAGUUUGAAUUGACUGAAAAACAGGAGCGUUAUAGACAGCGACCAUUGCACUGUGAGCGAAAGCAAGGCGGAUUCUGUCAAGGUUUCUUGGUAUACUAGCUGACGGAUAGCUUGCCACGACCGUAUGCUGUAGCUAGCUUGGUAGCUACCUCGCUGUGCAGAUAUCAUUCAGGAUUUAAUUUUCUCAGGGUGUUCGUGGUAUAUAUAGAUUGACUAUUGACAGGGUUUCACUUGGCUGGCAUGGAGUACCAUGGUGGUGGAUCUGGUGCGGUCUUGGUCAGCGGUAGUAAUGUUCCUGCCUUUCUCACGAAACUUUGGACGUUGGUUGAGGAUCCUGAAACCGACCCUCUAAUAUGCUGGAGUCCAAGUGGAACCAGUUUCCAUGUUUUUGACCAAGGUCGAUUCUCUAAAGAGGUGCUUCCGAAAUACUUCAAACACAACAACAUGGCCAGCUUUGUCCGCCAACUAAACAUGUAUGGCUUCCGUAAAGUUGUUCACAUAGAACAGGGAGGUUUGGUGAAGCCAGAAAAAGAUGACACAGAAUUUCAGCAUCCCUAUUUUAUCCGUGGGCAAGAGCACCUAUUGGAAAAUAUAAAACGGAAAGUUACAAAUGUGUCAAAUAUUAAACAGGAGGACGUCAGGCUGAGCACGGACGAGAUCGGCAAAGUGCUCAGCGACGUGCAGCAGAUGAGGGGCAGGCAGGAGAGUAUGGACAGCAAGCUCAGCGCAAUGAAACAGGAGAACGAGGCACUGUGGAGAGAGGUGGCAAGCCUGAGGCAGAAGCACUCGCAGCAGCAGAAAGUCGUCAAUAAGCUCAUCCAGUUCCUCAUCACCCUGGUGCAGUCCAACAGAGUGAUCGGGAUGAAAAGAAAGAUGCCCCUGAUGCUGAAUGACAGCAGCUCAGCUCACUCCCUGCCCAAGUACACUCGGCAGUACUCUCUACCCUCCCCCCCUAUCUCGACCUCCUCCACUGGGUUCUCGGCUGCAAAUCUCUUCUCCUCGGACGGGCCGGUUAAGACGGGCCCAAUCAUCUCUGACAUCACUGACUUGGCCCAGACCAGCCCGGUUACCACGGAGUGGAUCGAGGACAGUGAAAGAACGAGCCCCCUGGUGCACAUUAAGGAGGAGCCGUCAAGUCCCACCACCACCCACGACUCCGAGUUCGAGGAGGUGUGUCCGGUGGAGGUGGAGGUGGGCACGAUGCCACAGGACACGCCGCUCUCCCCCACCACCUUCAUCAACUCCAUCCUGCAGGAGAGCGAGCCGGCCCCAGCCCCAGCCCCGGCUCCAACCCCUGCCACCGCCACAGCCGCCACCCCUGCCCUCGCCCCCACUGUCUCAGCACACACCGCACAGCCGGACAGUCCCAAGUGUCUCAGCCUCGCCUGCAUCGACAAUUCUCCACAGAUGUCUGACGUCUAUCACCUUUUCCCCAGCCCUACCUCCUCGUCUCUUCAUCCCCGACUUCUCCCAGGAUCGGAACUCAGCGACCACCUGGAUUGCAUCGACAACGGCUUGGAGAACCUUCAGUCCAUCCUGAAUGCCCAGUCCAUCAACUUUGAGUCCUCGCCUCUCUUCGAUAUCUUCAGUUCUUCCGCCAUAAACACAGACUUCGACUUGGACAGCCUGGCCACCAUCCAGGAGCUCCUUUCGGAUUCGCCCAAGGAGGCUUCAUCAAGCAACAACAUCACAAACACAGGGAAGCAGCUCGUCCAGUACACCGCCCAGCCAAUGCUGCUGAGUGACCCGAUCAAUACUGACGUACCAGGGGAGGACCUGCCCAUCCUGCUGGAACUCGAAAGGGACUCUUUCUUUGGCCAGGACCCUGCCGAGGACCCUACCAUCUCUCUCCUCUCCAACGACUACCAAAUGGCCACACCAGACGACCCCAAACUCUCCUAAACUGAUACUCUUACUCUUUUUGUAAAGGGAUGUACUAAAGUGUUUUUUUUCUUUUUUUCUUUCUUUCUUUGACUUUUUUUUUGUUUUGUUUUUGGGUUUCACUGUAUUUGUUUUUAUUGAUUGUCUAAAAAGAAAAUUACCCCAAGCAUCUUUCUGCACUACUAGUCUCUCGAAGACGAAUCUAGUCCAAAAAAACAUUGAAGUAUCGUAGAUAUUUCGGGAUGGUUGUGUGCUUCACUGAAGCAGCUGAUGUCAUGACCGGGCAGUGCAGUUUUAUCUUGUUAUUGGCCCAUAGCAAGAAAAUGGCCUCAAAUGGCCCAGAGAAGACGGACUACAAGCUACAGAUAAUCAUUAGGUCAGGCUUUUUGAUUGUUAUUAAAUGAGCACAUAGUGUGUUUUUUUUUAAGCGAUGCUUCAUUCAUGCUGUCUUCAACCAGCACAUAUAGGAAACUAACUGAAGUGUUAGGUGGUUAAUUUGGUCAAGGAUGUUGACAACUAUUUGUCACUGAGCUAUUCAGCCACUGAAUAUCUUGUCUUGAUUGCAUUCUGCCCUGAUCUUGGCUUCUAAGCUGUCCUAAUUUCUAUGGUCAUUAAUUUUACUCAUGUAUUGGUAGCUCUACAUUGUUUAGCAAGAGAUUGUUGUGCUAUACAAAAAAACUGUUAUUGUUUUUGUUUUAGUUUUUUUUGCCUUUUUAUCAACAUAGGAAGCUCCAUCAACUCAAUUCACGUUCAUAGAGUUUGAAUUUUAACCUUUUAGGUUGUACGGAAUGCAGUUUGUUUUUCAUAAUCUUUUUGUGUUUUAUCAAAAAAAUUGCAGGAGGAGGGGUCUAAUGUCUAAAUGUAUAGAAAUGUAUAGAGAUUAUGCAGUUUUAUCACCGUCAUGAUUCAUCCAAAUUACACUUUUUAUGGACACCGUUAUUCCUGGUCAAGUUGAACUACAGACAUGUUUUGCCCAUAGGCUGUCUCACACAUCCUCUAUAUGCCGCAGUCAUAUUUAUUUUGAGUAAUAUAAUGAAACAAACUAUUAAAUCUUGUUUUCUAUGAGUA